AUGAGGUGGAGCGGACCGCAUUAUGCGAAGGCUUUGUAUGACUUCCAAGCUCAAACAUCAACAGAGCUUUCUCUGCAGGCUGGUGAUGUUGUUCUGGUCACUGACAAUGUUGAUGCAGACUGGCUGUUAGGAGAAACCCUUUAUGGAUCUUCUGGCACAUUUCCAGCAAAUUAUGUGGACGAGAUUUCCCUGCCACAUGUCCGCAUGGACCAGAGACUAGUUUGUUGCAUUGGUGGAUUUCCUGGCAGAACGAAGUGGAGAUUUGGAUCUUGCCAAAGAUGCUGGGACAUCAUACUGGGUCUGGAACCAGUGGAUGAUAACUGGUGGAAAGGCAAAAAUGGGCCACUGCGUGGAAUCUUUCCACUUUCCUGUGUCCAUGAACUGAUUAUUCCAACUGAAGGGCCCCGUGCUCGUUCCUCCAGUUUACAGUCAAAGUCGUCAACUCUGAAGGCUCGAUCUGAUAGUCUUGCCAAGGAAACACUUUUUGCCCGUGCACUGGUAGAUGUGGUUCCACAACUUGAGGAUGAGCUUGGUUUUCAGACAGGAGACCUUAUCACUGUAAAGGAGGUCAUGAGUGAAGACUGGUUCUAUGGGGAAUGCCAUAACAAAGUGGGGCUGGUUUCUACUAUCUGUGUGGAGUUUCUGGAUGAUUUAGGGAAUACAUCUGACCUUGCACUAGACCAGGCAUCCUCAGGCACGGGUACACAGCUGCUGGAUGCUGGUCGUCAAGUUGUCAUCUCAAAUGAAGUUUCCGUAUCUGAUGGAGUUGAUGGAGUCUUGUCCAUUCAUGAUAAAAAUAUUUCACAGGAAAGAUGUUUACAGAGGGAAGUUAACAAGGAAGUUGCUUGUCAGAACAAAAAUCACUUGGCUCAAAAUGUGUCAUACACAAGUGAAAAUACACGUUCACAUGAUGCUGAGAUUACACCUUAUGCAAGAACAGUCUACCCUUUUCAGGCAGAGCUACCUAGUGAAAUUUCUUUUAGUGAAAAUGAAAUUGUUACACUUAUCCAACAUGUAAAUGAAGACUGGAUUGAAGGUGAGCUGGAUGGGAAAAUAGGACUAUUUCCUGCUGGCUUUGUGGAGAUUAUCGUUGAUUGUCCGUAUGCAUAUGACAAGUCAACUGGUAGCCUUCGCCAUGAAAUCAAAACCACCCUUUCUUUCUCUGAGAACAGUUCUGAGAACAAAAUUUGCAAUGACACAGUUGCAAACAGCAUAUCCCUACCUGAAGGUAGAGUGAAAGGUGAUUUGGACUUAAACAGAGCAGAUGUGGUUUCAGGUGCCAGUGUGGUGGGUCAAAAUAGAGGAGUUCUUCAAUCUUCUGGUAGUCUUCCCUCAUCCUCUGAGUUUUCAAGUACUUGCAAAGAAAGGAGGAAUACUCUUGUAAGUAGCAUCACAAGAAUUACUGCUGAGUCCAUUUUUGCUCUGGUCUUGCAUGACUUUACUGGUCAGGUAGAGGGAGACUUGACGAUUAAAGAGGGAGAAACUGUUGAAGUUUUACAUAUCAUUGAUGAUCAUUGGCUGGAAGCAAGAAAUGAAUGUGGAGACUGUGGACUUGUUCCUAAAAAUCAUGUGGAGAUUAUUAGUGGUGGUCCAGGUUUUUCUAGUGUUAGCAGCAAAGAACAAGUCAGGGUAGAGUCAAGUCCCUCCUCAGAAGAUAGAAGUUUCCAUGCAGAUAUUCAUAGACAAGCCUUAGAUAGUACAGUUAGGGAAGAUGCUAACCAGGAGAUAGACAAGACCCAAGUGCUAGCUGAUUUACCACCACAAUGCAAAGGCUUGUCUGCCCAGAAUGAAAGUGAAGAUGAAUCCCAUGUGCAAUCACUGAUUCGUGCCCCAACCACCACCAUUCAAGGUACCUCAACCAUUUCAGUAUUUUGCCAGUCUGUCUCAGGUUUAACUGAUUUACAGGAAAAGGAAUCAGCACCACCAGCUUCAAGUAAGCCCAUCCUAAAACCACAGAUUCCCACAAAGCCCAAAGUUCAGCCCAAACCCAAACUUUCUCCUAAGCCUGCAGUAAAACCCAAACCUGCACUGGCACCAAAGCCAAUUGUUGGGAUGCAAAAUCGAGCUAUGGAAGUGGUGCAUGAAACAAAUGACACCGAAAUAGAAACUAAUCUCUCACUAAACAUCAGUGCCAAAAUGUCUUUUAACAACCUUGCUCAAGGAGAAAUUAGAGAAUCAGAAGGAGAAAGGUCAGAGUCAAAGGAUUGUGCUGAGAAAAAUAUGCAGUUGAAUGGUAGUUCUGAUUCCUCCUCGCUGGCGGGGUAUGACAUCAACAAAAUCUUCUCAUUGACUGUCUCUGGAGACAGUCAUACUGCAGGCAAUGGAGAAAGAAUUCUAAUUCACAAGGAGAACAUUGCUAAUAAAGGUGAAUCCCUUUCAUCCUCAACUGGCAAUUUAGAUAGAUACACUGCAAGUAAACCACUUGAAAGUCUUUACCCUAGAACUCGUCUUAGCUUAAACCUUUCGGAAUCCCAGCCUUCAGUGUUGCAUGGAUCAGAGAUAAAGAGAAGUAGCAGUGACAAUAGACUUUCUGAUCCAUCUUUGAAUCCUACUGCCAACCUUCAAAUGUCUCCCUCUUUUCCCAUUCCUCUGCAAGCUGCUACUACAAAAUUUCCACCAGGGGCUGACAAAGAGGUGUCAGGAAGCUCUUUUGUGAAUCAGGGAUAUGAGUGUGAAGGUGAGGGAAGGUUGAUCGGUUUAGAGGCUGAGAACAGUCGCCCACUGCCACCUGCCCGCCCAGUUCCUUUACCUCCUCCUUCAGUUGUGAUCAGUUCUGAGAGUGUUAUCUCAAGGGACACGAGUACAUUAAGUGACUUACAAAGAAGAUUGAAGAGGCCACCACCAAGACCAUCUGGCCCAAGAGUUGCAGCAGUUCCCUCAAAAAUACCGUUACAACCUGUUAAAGUAGGAGCAGGCAUGAAGCCAGUUCCACACAGACCAGCUCCACAGGCACCUGUUUUAUCAGUUACUCCUUCGUCCUGCAUCUUCUAGCGUGGGUGUUCCCCCUAGACCUUCGG